GAGAUAUAAUAUUUAACCUUAAAUUUAUUAUAAGAAGUAGCCUUAUUCUGAUUGUUGUCUUAAUGACAUUGCAGUUUGGGCUGAACCGGGGGCGGAACUCGACGAGAACCAAAAUUAAAAGUAAAGUUCAGCAAUUUUUUUGACAUUUACAUCCGGGUUAUUCUAUUCCGAAACCAUCAUGGCCGCCUCUGAUGGCUCUGGGAAAGACGAAGUCAAAACACAGUUUACAACUCGUGAGGGCCUUUAUAAACUUAUGACUUUAUCAGAGUAUUCACGACCUACAAGAGCACCAUAUAAUGUACAAUGCUGUCAUCCUGUAAAGGUUUCAUUCGUAGCUGUUAAGGAUGGCUCAGGCUCCAACGAGAAAAUUUGUUUCAACGUCGGACGCGAGCUGUAUUUUUACCUGUACAAAGGCGUGCGGAAGGCUGCAGAUUUAACAAAACCAAUAGAUAAACGCACAUACAAGGGAGGGACACUACCAACGUGUCACGACCUAAAUCAGUUCACAGCAGGUGAGAAUGGCGUGGCGUUACUUAUCGGAUUCUCUGCUGGACAAGUUCAACUAAUUGACCCAAUCAUGAAAGAUGUUAGCCGAAUAUUUAAUGAUGAGCGACUUAUAGACAAAACAAAGGUUACUUGUGUGAAAUGGGUUCCCGGUACAGAACAUAUGUUUCUUGUGUCACAUUCUAGUGGUCAGUUGUAUGUUUAUAAUAGGGAGCACCCAGUCUUCAAUACGCCCCCUCAAUAUCAAACUUGGAAGCACGGAGAUGGGUACGCCAUAUAUACAUGCAAGACAAAGUCCAAUCGGAAUCCAGUAUUUCGAUGGAUUGUAGGUGAGGGCUCCCUAAAUGAGUUUGCAUUCUCACCGGAUGUCAAAUACCUUGCUACAGUUUCUCAAGAUGGUUUUCUACGCAUUUUCAAUUAUGAUACUAUGGACCUAGUUGGCUCAAUGAAAAGCUACUUCGGUGGACUCCAGUGUGUGAGUUGGAGUCCUGAUUCAAAGUAUGUUGUAGUUGGCGGUGAAGAUGAUCUAGUAACUGUAUGGUCUUUUGUUGAAAAACGAGUCGUUGCAAGAGGUAAAGGACAUAAAUCGUGGGUCACGACAGUCUGUUUUGACCCGUACACUUCGGAAAUCUUAAAUCAUAAUGAGGAUUUCAUGGGAAGCGAUGACGAUUUUACCUCACCGCACGAUCAGCGCUCACCUGGAUCUAGAAGAGAACGUACUUUGAGCAGUCAAUCGAGGAAUUCAAUUCAAAGUAAUGGUGGUGUACCACCGGUGCUUUACAGAUUCGGCUCUGUAGCCCAGGACACUCAGCUAUGUCUGUGGGAAUUUACAGAAGAUCUUUUAAAACAGAAUCAGCCUCUUUCUUGGCAACGGACAAACAUGCAAAGUCCCGUAAGUAGUCUAGCGCAGUGCAAUAGUCUAUCGUCACAAGGCAAGACAUCCAGCAACACAAACACCAGCCAUCAUUCAGAUGGCGGGGUGCAUAGUAGGUUUUCAACGCUAAGCCUUGGUGAUAAACAUAAAGAUAAAAGUAAAAAGGAAUCUGUUUCAAGUAAAAGUGGAGAGAAAAUGAACAUUCUCAGCAAGAUCCAUCAGAAAAUCUUAGAAGACUCGGCAAAGGCAAUUGGUACGCCGAUGUGCCCGAGGAUUGAUGAACUGAUUAUACUUGAACCGUUAAUCGCAAAAAAGAUCGCACACGAACGGGUGACCUCACUUAUAUUUAAGGAAGACUGUAUUGUUACAGCAUGUCAAGAAGGCUUUGUUAGUACGUGGGCUAGACCAGGCAAAGUGCCCAACCAUGCCCCAGAUCUCACGGGCAGAGGGGAGAUGCACUCUGAGAAAUCCCACUAAUUUGAGGGACUAAUGCAGUCAACUACAUCGGUGCCAGGCGGUACAGUGGUCUGAUAGAUCUUUGAGGUUUACCAGAACGCCCUCCGCACAACACCAGUUGCUGACCUUUCAUUGUCAUCUGGAGUCAACAAAACACAGGCUCCUAUAGUACUGCAAAGUUCCAGAUUGGUAUACAGUCAGGGUGCAUGUACUGUAGAGUGUGGUGCUGAGAAAGCUUCAUGCUUCCUUGGCCUGUCUUACAUCCACUGGUCUUAGUGAUGGCAAUCUUUUGGCAGUGAUCUUAAAUAGCUGUUGUACAGUAUAUACUCAAGUGGUCAGCCGUAGUUAAAACCAUAUUCAAAUGACAUCCAUCAGUUCUUAAGGAUUUAUCUUGACUGGCAUUGAUUCCACAGUGGUCAGCCUGACUGGACUCGGACACUAGAUUGGUCAGCCUGAAGUAACAUCCAGGAUGUAUGGACUCUUGAUUGAGCUUUUAUGGAUGCAAGAUGUCGGCUUUGAUCAGGGGUCAGCCUGAAUAUUCAACUGUACCGGGAAUGUACAAUGUUAUGACUCAAGAUACAGUAUCAGUCAUUGAUCCACAUUGGUCAGGCUGGCAUCCAGUGUUCUUGUUGGUUCUUAAGAUGUCAGCAAGAAUUCAGUGGUGGUCGUUCUCAUUUUGUUACGUUAAAUAUCUUGCUUAAUUACUUCCAAAAUAAAUUCUAAAAAGUGGUAAGCGUCCCACAAUAUCUUGCUUAUUUUAAAACAUUGCAUCUAGCAAUGUUUUUCAUAUCACAGGAUAUGUUUUGCCAUUCAGUAAUACCAUUUGGGGAAAUGGGAAAUCAAAACGAUGUCUGACCCAGUUUUGAAAUAUAUUCAACCAACUAUUUAACUAUAUAGGAAUCAUGUAUGGUAUGUUGACUUUUAAAAUUGAUAAGUACAGCGUGUUCCAUUGCUGCCAGAUAAUUUUUGUUUUGUGAAUAUUUUUUGUAAAUUGUGCAAAACUUUAUAGAACCACUGGCCUAAUACAGUCUCCUCAGCAGUUUUAUUUAUCAUUUCUUGUUUUAAUCAAUUUUUUUUUUUUCUGAUAUGAAGUAUACAGUCAAUAUUCUGCACAAUAUUAAAUUUUCAAAGAAUUUUAUAUUCCUCAAGAUUAAAUUGUUUUAAUCUCAAAAUGAGAAAUAUAGUUUGUUUGCAUACUUUUGUAGGGGAGGGAGACGGCUAAUUUCAACUCUCUUUAAAGUUCUUAAAAAAAAGCCGAAUGAUGUGAAUACAUAAGAAAUUUAAACAAUAUCUAAAUUCUUUAAUACAUGUGCGCAGCAUAUACUGUACCGUAUAUACUCACGCAUACAAGACGACCCCCAAGUUUGAGAAGAUUUUUGGACAAUUUUUGUAUGUCAGGUCAUAGAGAAAAUAGAACAGUUCUAUUUUCUCUAUGGUCAGGUAUACAAGAUGACCCCCUCCCCCUUGUUUCAUCGUCGGUAUUUCUACUUUUUGCUGCUUUUUAUAGGCUUGAUACUGCAUCUAGCUGGCUAAAGCGGGGCCAGAUAUAGGGGAAAUCCUUCAAAUAUUACCAUUUUAUGGGCUUCUAAAUGUUUGUCAAAAUAUUAUUUCCCAGCAUUUAAAAUUGCAUUCAUUCAUACUAACCGUUAGUAGUUUUUAAUUUCAUUUGUAAAUUUGUGUGUUACAGACUAUCCGCACAUAAGACGAACAUGAUUUAAAAAUAAAAAAUUUGUAUGUGUUGCGCGUAUAAGAUGAGAAUAUAUGGUACUAAUGCUGUAUUAUAUUAUUUUGGUGAAUUUUCAUAGUGAAUCUGGUUCUCAAAUCAAAUACCAUGAUAUGAAAUCCUGGUGGCUACUUCUAUAGACAAUACUCAGUUUUGUAAUUCGUAACUUUGUCCUGAAACACUUACCGGUGAUUAAAUGACCGAUUGGUUGAUGAAGGAGGCUGGUACCUCUCAUAGUAAUGUAAACUGAAAAGUUGUGUGUUCUCAAAUUAUUUAAGCCUAACAUUUUUUUUUUACAAAUUUUUGUAAUUUUAUUGAUAAAAGAAUUAUUAAUUUCAAUCCACAUUAGGUGGUACUUCAUAGAAGUAUGUACUUUUAUAUAGAUCAGCAAUGUAUGAAAUUGUGGGGGACAAUUGUGUUGGAAUUAUCUGCCUCUGUCAAAAAUAUG